AUGGAUCCAUCUAAAAAGGCCCCAUUUGAUUUCACCGGAAAGGUUUUCGCUGUCACCGGUGCUGCCUCGGGGAUUGGCCUUGCCGUCACAAAACACCUCUAUUCCCAAGGAGCAUCUCUGACUCUAGCAGACAUUCAAGUCGAAGCACUUGCUGACCUCGAAAAGUCCUUGAAGGAGCAGUUCCCUUCAGCGCGCGGACAAAUCCAUACACAAUCUCUGGACGUGGCAGACUCUAAGGCCGUCGAGUCCUGGAUCGCGUCAGCCGUUUCUGCCCUUGGACCUUUCGACGGUGUGGCCAAUAUCGCUGGCAUCGCCCCCACCAAAAGGUUUCCGAAUGGAAUUGCUGACGUAACGGAUGAAGAAUGGGAUCGUAUGAUCAGGGUCAACCUGACAGGUCUUUUCCACUGCCUGCGGGCACAGCUACAGCCAGGGAGAUUCAAAGAUGGUGGUAGCAUUGUAACAGCAGGCAGCGCCAAUUCAAAGCUGGGACUCCCGCAAGAUGGAGGCUAUGCGACCGCUAAACAUGGGGUGCUGGGCCUAACGAAGUCACUUGCCAAAGAACUCGGUCACCGUGAGAUCAGAGUAAACUGCAUUUGUCCGGGCCCGGUAGACACACCAAUAUUGAGAGGGGCUUUGCAAAUGCUUGGAAUUCCAGCCCUGCCAGGCCCAGCAAUUGAGAGGGUGGCCGCACCUGAGGAAGUUGGGGAUCUAGUAGCCUUUUUACUUAGUGACCAUAGCAGGUACAUCUCCGGUACAGGUCUCUCCAUCGACGGGGGAUGGGCACCGUACUAG